AUGGGUUUUUUGGCACAACCUAACAUUCCUGUCAUUAAGAUGGCAAAUAUGAAGCAAACCAUUAUUAAUGUUUCUGCAUGCAAUGAAGUGAGACAUGCACUUGAAGAAUAUGGUUGCUUUUUAGCUGAUUAUUCUGAUGAUGAUGAUGGGAUAAUUAAUACUACUGAUCAUGAUGAAGAAAUUAUAAACAUGAUGGAAGUAUAUGAUGCUUUAAAACCCUUAUUUGAUCUUCCCAUUGAAACAAAAGUUAAAAAUACUUCACCCAAGGCUUACCAUGGCUAUGUUGGCCAACUCCCUUUUCUUCCUCUCUUAGAAAGCAUGGGCAUUGAGAAUGCUACUAGCGCUCAUGGCGUUAAUAGCUUCACGAACGCCAUGUGGUCUUCCGGAAAUACCGAUUUCUGUAAAAUGAUUCAGUCGUAUGCGAAACUAGUUUCAAAAAUCGAAGAAACGGUUAGGAAGAUGGUGUUUGAAAGCUAUGGGGUGGAGAAGUACCACGAAUCCUAUAACGAAUCCGUGACGUAUCUUCUGAGAGUAAUGAAAUACAGACCACCAAGCAUGAAGGAGACUAGAAUAGGUUCCAUCUCUCACACAGACAAGACCUUCAUAUCCAUACUUACCCAAAAUCAAGUGAAAGGAUUACAAGUUAAAACCAAGGACGGCUAUUGGAUCCCCGUGGAGUACCCUCCUUGUUCGUUUUUGGUCAUGGCUGGUGACGCAUUCAAGGCAUGGAGCAAUGACCGAGUGCACUCACCUUAUCAUCGAGUAGUUAUGGAAGGGGAUGAAUAUAGAUACUCAAUCGGGAUAUUUACAUACCACAAAGGGAUCAUACAAGUCCCAGAAGAGCUCGUCGACGAAGAUCACCCAAGAAAGUUUAACUCAUUUGAUCAUUUUGGUUAUCUUGAUUUCUAUGCCAAAGACUCACUGUUCGACAAGGAAUACUGUCACAUAAAUUCAUAUUGCGGAGUGUGA